AUGAAGCUGGUCUGGGUGCCGAUAUGGGACCUGGAUGAGUACGUGGAUGAGUACGUGGUUGCUGGCAGUGGGAAAGGGAGAGGAGAGCAGGCGGAGGAGGGAGAGGAAGAUUCGAAGCAGAAGCCCAACGUAGCGUCUCCUCCAGUCGAGAUACUCAGGCCCCAACACAACAUCUCUCCGGUGAAAAAUGAGUCAUUGUAUGAUUUCCUGACGGACGCCCCCAACUAUCUCACACUCCUCGACACGCCUCCAAGUUCCUCCUCUGAAAACGCUGGGCCUCGCGGAUCACCUUACAAACGCACGCCAACGGCAUCUUCUGCUGCCCAGACCUGCAGCUCUGAACAAACUCCCACCCCCCUGCAUCCCCGUCCCUUUCCACCUGCUCCUGUGCCCAGUCUGCGCCCUCUGCCCCCCCUGCCCUCUGCCUCCAGCCCUGCCCCCACCUACCCUCAGCCACUGAACCCCCCCACCUCUUUCUAUGAUGACUUGGAUGGAGAAGACCGACCAGACACAGAGGAAGGAGAGGAAGCCACGGUCCUUUCAGGUGGUCCCAGGAGGAUCUCCUCAGACUGGGAGUCCCAGAGGGAGAAUGUGCCACUGUACCAGGACUACCAGGCAGAGGCCAUCAAGGAGGCGCUGCGUGUCCAGAAAGUGUGUGAGGGAGGCGGGGUGAAGGCGGGGCUGCGGGGGGAUGUGAGGAAGAGCUGGGCCCUGGGGUCCGACGGCCUGGCUGAGCCCAGGAAGGGCCCAGGGGAUGUCACUCUAUGGCGGGACCUGCCCGUGGUCCGACACAGCGGCCUGCUGGAGAGUCUACCCUACCAGGAGCUGCAGAGGCAGGAGAGCAUGUUUGAGGUGCUCACCUCAGAGGCGUCCUACCUGCGCUCCCUCAGAGUGCUCAUGGAUCAUUUCCUGAUGUCUCGCGACCUGGAGGAGACGCUUGUCGUCCACGACAAGAGGAUCCUCUUCUCCAACGUCCUGGACGUGUGCGAGGUCAGCGAGAGGUUCUUGAAUGAUCUGCUGGAGAGAGUGGAUGAAGGCAUCAGGAUAAGUGAUGUGUGUGACAUCAUCUACAAACACGCCGAGCACAACUUUAACGUCUACAUUGAUUACAUCCGUGACCAAGACUAUCAGGAGAAGGCCUACAGCUCCCUUAUAGAGAGCAACAAGGCGUUUGCUGUGGUGAUGGCGAGGCUAGAGGCGUCUCCUCUGUGUCGCCGGCUGCCUUUCCCCUCCUUCCUCCUGCUGCCUCUACAGAGGAUCACCCGCAUCAAGAUCCUGGUCCAGAACAUCCUGAAGAGGACUCAGGAGGGCAGCAGAGAGGAACACAGCGCCACGCUGGCUCUGACCACCGUCUCCGAGCUCAUCAAGAAAUCCAACAAGCUGGUGGGUCAAAUGAAGCAGAUGGAGGAGCUCAUUCAGAUCACCAACCAGCUGGAGUUUCACGGGCUCAAGGCCCUCCCCCUCAUCUCCACGACCCGCUGGCUGGAGAAACGAGGAGAGCUGCAGGAGCUGACCAAGAGUGCGUCCCUCUUCAGCUUCGGACUCAAGCUCACCCCCUUGUACCUCUUCCUCUUCAACGAUCUUCUCCUCGUAACGCAGAAGAAGAGCCCAGAGCGCUACGUAGUGAUAGACCACGCCCAUCGCGCCUUGGUGCAGGUGAAGGCAGUGGACACAGGUGACCUGGGGUCCCGGUACGAGCAUUCCUUCUCUCUGCUGCUGCUGGAGAAUCACCGAGGUCAGGCCAGCGAACGCCUACUGAAGGCUCCCUCAGGGUCAGACCUGCACAGGUGGAUUGGAGCAUUCCCCUCCAUGAGUGAACCCAGCAGAGAGGAGGUGGUGUACGAGGACUGGGACUGUCCACAGGUUCAGUGUGUGGAAGUAUACAGAGCCCAGCAACGUGAUGAACUGUCCCUGGAGCCAACAGACAUCAUCAAUGUGUUGCGGAAGACCCAUGAAGGUUGGUACGAGGGACUCCGUCUCCUGGACAACGAGAAAGGCUGGUUUCCUUCCAGCGUUGUCGUGGAGAUAACAAACGAACAUGUGAGGAGACGGAAUCUUAGGGAACAGUUCCGGAUCACUCAGGCAACGGCUGCCAUUGGAACAGAAAGCUGAGGCACAUACUGGACCUCACUGAGGCACAUACUGGACCUCACUGUCAGCUAUCAACAGACUCCUCUCACAGCACAGUUUCCAAAUCACUAGGAACUGUUGUUAUAUAUUCACAUGUAUCCAACAUGAUCAUCCAACCUCAAUUACAUUUUAUUUUUCUCACUAGCCUAUGUUCAAAGUAAACAGCUACAUGUAGCCAUUUCUUUUUUUUUUAUCCAUCCAUAAAUUGUAAAUAAAUAAAUCAUUAAU